AUGAAGGAAAAAAGGUUAAGCUUGGGUUGGGUUGAGCUUUUGCGACCCAAAUUUUUUUUUUUCCUUUCUCUUUUCAUUUUCUCGAAAUCGCCUCACCAUUGCAUCUGCACCGAUUCAAGCCGUUUCCGAUCAAAGAGACGGCCGCCGGAGCUUUAUUGGAGUUUGCAGCCUGUGAGGGACACUCAUGAGAAGCAAAUACAGCUCUGGAAAGAGCUUAUUUUGGAUUACUGCAAAGCCCAAAAGGUUUUCUUGAUUGGCGUUGUAGAAGAUUUCCCACUCUUCUCAAACUCUGCUAUUGAUAGAACUCUAAGCCACGAAGCAAGGGAAACAUUCCUCUCUGCCAUUGUUGGAGAAGGCAGUGCGGAGUGGUUAGAUAAAGGGCAUAGGAAAUGUCUGAUUUUGUGGCACCGGAUUCAAGAUUGGGCAGACAUUAUUCUUCACUUUGUGAAAGAGAAUGGACUAGAAGACAGUCUUAUGACUGUUGAAGAAAUACGUUCAGGGACAGAAUCACAUGGAACAAAACUUCAAGGGAUUGAUCGGACGAUUCUAAUGAGGACAUUGAAGCUGCUAGAAAACAAGGGCAAGCUUGCAUUGUUUAAAAGAACAUCAGCAGAUGAUGAAGGCGUCAAGUUCUCUGUCUGAUGCUACUAUGUAAAAACGUUUUGGAACUUGGAAGUAUCUUAUGAACCAAAGGGAGGAACAAAUUUGGAUAAAAAACUUUUCUUAUAUUAAUAACAUUCGUU